AGAAGCUAAAUUCAACCUCUAUUAACCUUAAUCCGUUAUGAGAGAAGUUGCUGAGGUAAUGCCUCUUGGCCACGAAGAACGAAAAGUUUAGCACCAUGCUCGCAUAUAAAUACCAACCGUUGCUCACUCUCCUUCACCAAGUUCAACCUCUACUACCUGAUAUAGAUAACUAAUAUACAACAGUCAGGUAUAAUGGACAACAGGGCUGGUUCUUCUGUAACAUUAAGGAACAAGUGUGCAGCUUGCUUUAGGCAAUUCAACAGAAUGGAGCAUUUGGUGGAGCACAUGAGGGUCUCAUUCCACUCGGUCCAUGAACCCAUGUGUGGGGUUUGUCAGAAGCACUGCAGAUCAUUUGAAUCGCUAAGGGAACAUCUCAUAGGUCCAUUGCCAAAGUUAGUGUGUUCGAAGGUAUUUGAUGUUCGAGGGUGCAACUUGUGCCUGAAAAUUUUUGAUAGCCAGACCACUCUAACACAUCAUAGCAGACAUUGUCAAAUGUCCCGUUCUACUUCGGUAACUCAUGGAGCCAGAGUGGUGGCAUUGGGUUGCAAAAUGGUCGGAGGAGGAAGUGAUGGAACAUUAGAUCUCUGUGCUAGGGUUUGCCUCAUUGAUGAAAAUGAAAAUAUCAUCUUCCACACUUACAUCAGACCUCGGCUACCAGUCACAAACUACAGGUACGAAACAACGGGAAUAAGGCCCGAAAACUUGAGGGAUGCAAUCCCAUUGAAGCUAGCUCAAAGGAAGAUUCAAGAUUUCUUAUGCAAUGGGGAAGCACUAUGGAAAAUCCGAUCACAGGGUGGAAGGGCAAGGAUUCUGGUGGGACAUGGAGUAGAUCACGAUUUAGGAUGUCUAGGAAUUGAAUACCCUUCACUUCUUAUCAGGGACACUGCCAGUUAUCCCCCACUGAUGAAAACAAGCAUGCUUAGCAACUCACUCAAGUAUCUCACACACGCCUACCUUGGUUAUGAAAUUCAAAAUGGCAUACAAGAUCCAUAUGAGGACUGUGUAGCAGCCAUGAGGCUAUAUGUCAGAAUGCGCUCACAGGCCCACCCACGUGACUAUUCCUCAGGAUCAGGUGAAGCUCAAAGCCGUAAUAAAUUUCCAUCUUGGAGACAGAGAGAGCUUGAGAGGAUGACUCCAGAGGCCCUGCUGGAGAUUUCUGCAUCUGACUACUACUGUUGGUGCUUGGACUCUUAAUUCACAGAAACAGAGGCCCAUAAA